AUGUCGGGGCCAGUACUACAAGCCAAGUUUGACAACUCGGGUAGAUACUUAGCUUCUAUAUUUGUAUCACUAGAUACUCAUCAAAUUCGAGUCCAGUCAGUUAAUUCCUCACAAACACCUAUAAAUGCAUCUUUCAACCUUGACAAGAGCAGUAAAGUGACCAAUUUCAAUUGGAUUGAGUUAAACUCGACUAAAACUCAACAUAUCGCAGUAUGUUUGAACAAAGGAAGUAUACUCAUAUACUCGCCGCAUACGAAUGAUAUAGUUUGUGAGCUUACCACAUCGUCGAAUGUCUCUUUGUUAGAUUUUCAUUACUCCAAUUUUACUCAAACUGCUUGGUCAAGUGACAUCGAUGGCAAUGUAUGUGAGUGGGACAUGAACUCAUUUAGCUUGUUACAACUGUUUAAAAUUGGAGAUUUUAUAGAGCUGGUUGUUUCUAUUUACCAAAUUUCGAGCUGUAUAUAUUUGGGAGAACCUCAUUUAUUACUAGCUGCUAAUUCGAUAUAUUUAUUUAGUUUAAAAACAAGAAAAGUGGUAAAGACGUUUCCUGGUCAUAUCCAGCCUAUAGGUUGCAUUGCUUGCAUAAAUGAGGAUAUGUUUAUCACAAGUGCCAAAGGGGACCGAUUUAUCAAUUUAUAUUCUUUGGAGAAAACCACUACCAAGGCUAUAUUUGUAGCUCUGACAUCGGUUCAAAGUCUUGCCUUUGGUAAGUUGUAUGAGAAAUCCGCUUUGAUUGCUAUAAAUGAGAAUGGGAAUCUCGAAGUGUUUAACGACUUUUUAGGAGAUGCCAAAUUUACGCCAUCUUCAAAUGCAUUGAAAAAGAAACGGAAACAAAUUGGUGUAAGUUCAAGACCAUCAAAUUCUACUAUAAAAAUAUCCCGUCCCGAAGCAGAAAUCAAAAAUCCACAAGAUUCGAAUAUAAUGAUCAAUACUGUUAAUGUUCAGGAUGACAAUAUUUUGUUCACAUGGUUGGAGAGUUCAAAUAUAUCGUAUUUUGAUGCCAUUAAAUGGGUGGACGAAGUAGGGAAUUAUUUGAUUACUUCAAAUAAAACUGUGAUUAAGAAUAAGAUGGAGGUUAAGGCGCACCAGGGAAUGUCAUAUGGACACGAUACCGCUGCUCCAAGACUAUAUAAUGAAAGCCAUGCAAUUGUCAAUGAUGGAAGUAACGUACGAGAUUUAGAAAAAGUAGUAGUAGAUGAAGAAGACGACGAAGAAGAAGAAGAAGCCAUUGCGGAGAAAUUGGAAAGAUUAGCCAUGAAACAACAAAAGAAUACAUCUCAACGCAAACGAAAAUUGGAAGAUAACAAAAAUGGUAUUUCUUUGUCAGUAAUUUUAUCACAAUCAUUAACUAAUAACGACCAUACUUUAUUGGAAACGGUACUACAGAAUAAUGAUAUAAAAACAAUACAAAACACAAUCCUGAGAUUGAAUCCGUAUCUAGCUGUUGUAUUAUUAGAUCGAUUGAGUGAAAAAAUCCAACGUCAAGCUUCUAGGUUUAAUCAAUUGAAUAGUUGGCUUAAAUGGAUUUUGGUAAUUCAUGGACCAGUGAUUGCUAGCUUACCUGACUUGAAUACAAAAUUGUACUCCUUGCAUUCGGUGUUGGCUAAGAAAACUGAUACAUUGCCUAGAUUAUUGGAGUUGAAAGGGAGAUUGAAUUUGGUGUAUGAUGAGAUGAAUUUGAAAUCAAGUAUAGAGCAGAGGGAGAAAGUUAACGAUGAGGAGGAAGAAGAGGAGGUAAUGGUGGUGGAAGAGAGUGAUGUUGAGUAUGUGGAGGAUUUGGAUGAUGCGCAGUUUAGUGGAGAGGUUGAUAUUGAUGUGAAUGAAAGGGAUGAUUAUUUGGAUAGUGAUGAAGAGGAAGAGGAAGAGGGAGUUGGGGAAGAGGAAGAGGAUGACGACGACGAUGACGACGAUGAAAAUAUCCAAUCUCUCGACGAGCUAGACAAUAAUAGUGAUAUAGAAAUAAAUUAA